AUGAAACAGUGGGUGCAACUGUUGAAUGGUGGUCAUUUGGCAAGGGCAGAGGUAUACUUGAAGAAUGGAAUUGUGAGCACAGGAGUGCAUGUUGUGCUUAUCCCUGCAUUCUUACUCUUGGAUCACUCUAUAAACAUGGAAACUGUUGCUAUCAUGGACAACUUUCCUCAAAUUGUUCAUUCAGUGGCGAAAAUUCUUCGCCUUUCUGAUGAUUUGGAAGGAGCUAUAAGAGUGGAGAUGAGAAGGGAGUUGAUGGAUCUUACCUUGAUUGCUACAUGA